CACGCACAUUCACAGUCACACCGAUAAAGUUAUGCUUUAGGCGCCAGAUUGGGUGCUCAUGAAUUUUGACCGUCCGCCGUAUUCAGUAUGUUUCCAUCUCAGUACGUGAAAACUCCACGCGCUUUCAAAGAAAAUAUAGUAGCUAAGGGAACAUUAUCAAAGAAUUAAAGUUAUCACACAGUGACAGACAAGGUGAUAGAGUAAUAAUGGUGUUUUGGUUUCUGGUUUUCUCAGUUGUGGCCGCAGUUGCCUUUUACCUUUAUCAAUUCGGAACGAAGAAUGAAGAUUUCUUCUUAGAAAGAGGCAUAAAAUUCCGCAAACCUGUAUUUUUGUUUGGGAAUUACUUCAAAUUGGUUACUAAACAAAUCAAUUUGUACGACUUUGUUAUUGAUGUAACGAGACAAUUUCCGAAAGAAAAACUGAUGGGCCUCUUCGAAUUUCGGAAACCUAUAAUCGUCGUUCUUGAUCCAGAGAUUGCCAAGCAACUUGCUAUUAAGGAAUUUGACAGUUUCACGGAUCAUCAGCCUUUCUUCUCCCAAGACGUUGAUCCUCUUAUCGGCAACACACUUUUUCACUUAAAAGGUCAGAAAUGGAAGGACAUGAGAUCGACUUUAAGUCCUGCCUUCACAGGAAGCAAAAUGCGUCUCAUGUGCAGUCUUAUGAUGGAAAUUUGCGAGCAAAUGAUAGAUUUUGUGCAGGCAGAAAUCAAUGAAAAAGGACCUCAAACGUACGAAGUAAAAGAACUUCUAACAAGACUCACGACUGACGUUAUUGGAUCUUGCGCUUUUGGAGUCAAAGUGAAUUCUAUGAAUGCGAAAGAAAAUGAUUUCUACAAGACAACAAGGAAGUUAUUAAACUUCAGCAGCUUAAAAGUGCAAUUUAGAUUCAUGGCCUACAGAAUGGCUCCAAAGUUAAUGCAAUUCUUGAAAAUAACAAUGUUUGAUGCAGACGGCAAGGCUUUUAUUCAUGAUCUCGUUAUGAACACCAUCAAGACCCGAGAAGAGAAGAAUAUAGUUCGUCAUGACAUGAUAAAUCUCUUGAUGGAGGCGAAGAGAGGCAAUUUAGCUCACACGACGACCGAAAAGGACUCUGCAGGAUUCGCCACGGUUGAGGAAUCAGAAAUCGGGAUGAAAAAAUCUACUAAAAAGAAUUGGACUGAUGAUGAAGUUGUUGCGCAAUGUUUUAUCUUCUUCGUGGCUGGAUUUGAAGGAUUAUCGACAUUCGCCAGUUUCAUUAUCUAUGAAAUUGUGCUUCAUCAAGAUGUCCAAGAGAAACUGUUUAUUGAAAUUUCAGAAAUGAACAAACAACUUGGCGGAAAGUCUCUCAAUUACGAUUCUAUACAAAAGCUUAAGUACUUGGACAUGGUUGUCUCGGAAGGACUGAGAAUGUGGGCAGGCUUAGUAUUUGAUCGUGUUUGUACGCGCGAUUUCACCUUGAAAUACGACGAAGGCAAGGAAUACAAUUUCAAAAGUGGCGAUGUUGUCUGGUUUCCAUCUCUAGGAUAUCACAGAAGUCCUGACUUCUUUCCGAAUCCUAAUAAAUUCGAUCCCGAAAGAUUUAACGACGAGAAUAAAGAGUCUAUUCACCCGAUGACUUUCGUACCUUUUGGAGCAGGACCUCGAAAUUGCAUUGGUUCUCGAUUCGCUUUGAUGGAGCUGAAGGCGAUUGUUUACUAUUCAGUCUUGAAUUUCCAUCUGGAACCAACAGAGAAAACUCAGAUUCCUGUAAAACUUGCUUGUAACUUCUUAGGUUUACAAUCUGAGAGAGGAAUUCAUGUUCAAUUUCGUCCAAGAUUGCCGAAAUGAAUACUUAUAGUGAGGCUUAAAGUGCUUUCGUGAUGUAAUUAGAUAUUUCCUUGUGCGUCAUUAAUUGAGAGAAGAUGAAGUUUUCAAUGUUAUUGCAUUUCGAGUGCAGCAAUUCAUCAAUAUGACACCUUAAUAUAUUAAUGCACAUUGCGAAAUAAAAUCACUUAUAGUGUUUUGUACAUCUUUUUCUCAUUAAAAACGCCUUAAGAAACCCUGAUUUUAUUCUUGUUGCAAAUAGUAUUCCAGACUUGGUUCCAAAAAAAAAUUGUUGAGUGAGAAUAAAAAUAAAAACA